CGACCGGCCCCUUCGCAUCGCGCAGGGACGGAGACGGGGUGGCGGUGCCUGGCGCGGGAGUAAGCGAGAGCGCGAGCGCUAGCGCGACUCCUUGCAGAUUGGGUGCGCCCGACUGUCAUCAUGAGUGAUCAGGCACUGAGCUUCCUAAAAGACUUCCUGGCAGGUGGCGUCGCCGCUGCCGUCUCCAAGACCGCGGUGGCCCCCAUCGAGAGGGUCAAACUGCUACUGCAGGUCCAGCAUGCCAGCAAACAGAUCAGUGCUGAGAAACAGUACAAAGGGAUCAUUGAUUGCGUGGUGAGAAUCCCCAAGGAGCAGGGCUUUCUCUCAUUCUGGAGGGGUAACCUGGCCAAUGUCAUCCGUUACUUCCCCACCCAAGCCCUCAACUUCGCGUUCAAGGACAAGUACAAGCAGAUCUUCCUGGGGGGUGUCGAUCGGCAUAAGCAGUUCUGGCGCUAUUUUGCUGGUAACCUGGCUUCUGGUGGGGCAGCUGGGGCCACCUCCCUCUGCUUUGUCUACCCGCUGGACUUUGCUAGGACCAGGUUGGCUGCUGAUGUUGGCAAGGGUGCCGACCAGCGUGAGUUCAGUGGCCUGGGCAACUGCCUUACCAAGAUCUUCAAAUCUGAUGGCCUGAAGGGUCUCUAUCAAGGCUUCAAUGUCUCUGUCCAGGGCAUCAUUAUCUACAGAGCUGCCUACUUCGGAGUCUAUGAUACUGCCAAGGGGAUGUUGCCUGAUCCUAAGAACGUGCACAUUAUUGUGAGCUGGAUGAUUGCCCAGACUGUGACAGCCGUCGCCGGGCUGGUGUCCUACCCCUUUGACACUGUUCGUCGUAGGAUGAUGAUGCAGUCUGGCCGGAAAGGGGCUGAUAUUAUGUACACGGGGACAGUUGACUGCUGGAGGAAGAUUGCUAAAGAUGAAGGAGGCAAGGCUUUCUUCAAAGGUGCCUGGUCCAAUGUAUUGAGAGGCAUGGGUGGUGCUUUUGUAUUGGUAUUGUAUGAUGAGAUCAAAAAAUAUGUCUAAUGCAAUUAGAAUUCAAGUUCACUGUGAGCCAGUGAACUUGAUUCACAAUUUCACAGAUCCAUUAUGUGGUUUAAUAGACUAUUUCUGGGGAAAUAAAAAGAUCUGGGAUAACACCAGACUGAAAGGAAUACCUCAGGAAAAAAAAUGCUUCACUAAGUGUUCAUUAAACCACAAAUGUAUUUUGUAUUUAUUUUACAUUUAAAUUUCCACAGCAAAUAGAAAAUAACUUAUCAUACUUGUAUGAUUAACUGAACUGAUAAUGAAUAACUGAAUGUGAAACAUCAAUAAAGACCACUUAAUGCA